AUGUUCUAUGGUACAUUGGUAUGGGACCCUUGGCUCAUUGUUGUCCAAAUUGUGUGCCUUCAAUGUUUAUACUAUCUCACUCUGGGGUUCUUCUUGUCUAUUCUUGUUGGCACUCGCGUGUCUCGAAUGAGCCUUGUGUAUUUCUUUGACUAUGCUACUCUCACUAUCUCCACGGUCACUGGGUGGUGUGUCAUUGGUUCCUAUCUGCUCAGUGCACUUGCAGGCGCUGGAUAUCUGCUUCUUCUGAUUGAGAGGGCAAAGAAGUGCUUAGAUUUUUCAGCCACCCUAUACAUUGUACAUCUCUUUAUAUGCAUCGCUUAUGGGGGUUGGCCUUCGUCAAUGACAUGGUGGGUUGUGAAUGUUACUGGAGUUGCAGUGAUGGCUUUGCUAGGUGAAUAUCUCUGCAUUAGACGUGAACUGCGUGAGAUUCCUAUAACACGAUAUCGUGCAAAUGUUUGACUGACGAGAAACUCGACAAGCAAGAACAAACAUUCAUGUGGGAUUAUAGUGGCUAUUCUUUCGUUGCUGAGGAACUUCUAGAUAAAGAUUAUUAAUACCAAAUUCAAUCUAUGAUGAGGAGAGAAUCUACCAUAAUGUGUGGAAUCUUUUAUCUAUGACGGUGGCUGUUACGGAGGACAAGUGUAAAGUUUGACACAGUGCAUUAAAUGAUGGGGAGCUUUGAGCAAAUGAGACUAGGUAUGCAUUGUGCUAGGAAAUCAUAAUGUACAAUUUUAGGUGGUUUUGAGUAGAGCAACGCCUACUACGUUUCUGAUAUCAUUGUUCUAUUUUAUUUUCUAUAAACAUGAUACGCCUUGUCAAUCUGGUUGCAUAAUUCUUGUUUGUUACCAUUUCUGGUAAUUCUUCUGUGUCGUCAGACUUUAUUACAUAGGAUUAGUAAAUUGAAAUUCCGAGACAGAAUGCUUGAACCUGGUA